GGCCCCCACGCCAAGGCGUGCGUCGUCCACGGUCUCAGGUCACCCCGUGAGCGUGUGUGCGCUUCAGUCUGCAAGCGGAGCCGCGCAGCGCUGAGCGCGUGACCCCGGCACCUGCGCACUCCUCCCGCGAGCUCCGCUCCGCUCUCGCGCCGCGUGACGCAACCUCUCGCGAGGCGGCGGAUGUUGUUGUUUUGCUCUCGAGCUGUGAGGCUGCGCCUUCGCCGCUCGCCGGGUAGUUUGUUCGGGGUGUCAGUUUCUCGGGGGGCUGCUGGUAUCGGGGGGUCGCUCUGCCACCGUGUGCGCUUCUCUCGGGCCAGCGCAGCGCCGGGGGGGCCCAGGCGAGCGGGCGAUGAUGGCGGACUUUGACGAGAUCUACGAGGAGGAGGAGGACGAGGAGCGGGCCGCGGAGGAGCAGCUGCUCAAGUACUCGCCGGACCCGGUGGUGGUGCGCGGAUCCGGCCACGUCACUGUGUUUGGACUUAGCAACAAGUUUGAGUCUGAGUUCCCAUCAUCAUUAACAGGAAAGGUGGCUCCGGAGGAGUUCAAGGCCAGCAUCAACAGGGUAAAUGGCUGCCUGAAGAAGAACCUUCCUGUUAAUGUGCGCUGGCUGCUCUGCGGUUGCCUUUGCUGUUGCUGCACUCUGGGCUGCAGUAUGUGGCCUGUCAUUUGUCUCAGUAAGAGAACACGAAGAUCGAUCGAGAAGUUGUUAGAAUGGGAAAACAAUAGGUUAUACCACAAGCUGUGCUUGCACUGGAGGCUGAGCAAAAGGAAAUGCGAAACGAAUAACAUGAUGGAAUAUGUCAUCCUAAUAGAAUUUUUACCGAAGACUCCAAUUUUCCGGCCAGAUUAGCCCUCAGUGUGACUCAGAGACUUGUUUCAGUGUGUUUUCCUUCCAAUGGUGCCUUGCUUGGUACUGUCCUGGUUGUGAUUUUGAAAUGGUCCGACAGAACCUUGUGGUUUUCUCGCUGCCCCUCCCCCUCUCUUUCUUUUUCUGCUUCUUCUUUCAUUGCAGAUGUUCGACACUUCUCCCCAUUAUUCCAAACCAUGGAUACUGUUUAAUCCUCACAUUUCAUCCCAGUGAUCCUUCUUGCUUUAUAUCUGUGAUUGCCGAAGCUGAGGACCGUCACUGAAAAGGAAAACCUCUCCUGUUUGUGGUCACCAGAAAGCCUGUACAUGUAUUGCAGAUUUUUUGAACUUUAUAUUAAAAACAAAAGGAACUGAGAAGGCAUCGUAUUGUAAUUUUCUAUCUUAUGGAGUGUCUCCUGUUGCUGUUAAAUAAUCCAGGUGUAUGAUUUUUUUCCUUAUCUCUAUUAGCUGUUCUUAGCUUCGACAGAUUCACUUUUAUUAGUUUAUAAUGAAAAAGUCAGCUGGUUCUGCAAACAAUCUACCUUACUGUACUUAGAAAUGUUAUUAAUUUUUAUAUAGAAGCAAAACCAGCAAAUGGUUUUGCAAGUGUCUGACCAUUUCUGAGGCUCAGGACCAUAAAAAUGCACUAGUGUUGCAGUUUUCAAUGGACUUUUGUUUUCCAAAUCAUUGCCAUGUCUCAUGGCCUUUCUGAUUGUUUGCCUUGUUUACUUUUUUCUGUUCAAGAGGGGUGAAAAAGCUGUUUACUCUGGUUUUGUAAUUGUCGUGACAUGGACUGCACUUUGACCAGUCAUCACACCCAAGAGGUCAACGCAUGAGAUGUUCACCAGCACUGUCUGCUCGUGAUGGCAAGUGACAGUGCUAAAUGAAUGUGAGGUGUAGCUUUUGAAGGCACACUUUCCUUCAGGUUACAAGAAAGGGGCAGAAUUGUGUAGUAUUUCAUUUAUUUUAUGUUCCAUUUGUAAUUAGUUUUUUUUCACCCCUUUGGUUUGGUGGAAUAUGUAUUUUGGUUAUGCCUUUUUUUAAGCUUGGGUCAGGCCAGUAUCUUAUUUUUUUAUGUUUUGUUUAAACACUGUAUCAGUUGUGCUAGAUGCUGGUUAUAUGCAUCACAGCCAUAGGGACCUGUCUAUUGCAUAUUUUGUACUGUAUGUAGUUUCUACAAGGAGUUCAUGUUUUGGUUAUUCUUACAUGUAAUAGCUUUAAAUCUUACUUUAUUGCAAAUUUUUUUAAAUAAACUUUUUUUUUUUACACCAUGAAAAUGCAGACUUAAAUUAUGAAAAAAGUAACAGAACGAUAAACCCUGAAGAGAUGUAUUUGAAUGUGCUUUACUGAAUCUGCUUGUUGUAAUGUGCCAUUAAAAUGUUUCUUGCUUUUUUAAUGUCACUGACUUUGCUUGCCUGUGUUCUACAAGCCUGCCUCUAGUGGCUUGUGAAUCUGAGGGAGUGAUAUAAAGAAGUAAGCUCUGAUAUAUCUGAGAUGUAAAAAAGGGCUUCAUUUGUGUUAUAGUUUGUUGUAAGGUGUAGCCUGAGCACUGUUAAAGCACCCUUCUUGUUCUUUCCAGCUGGCUCAGUCAUUUCCUAAGAGUUCAGGAAUCUUGUCAAUUUGUAAUAGAAAACUAAUAUAGCAAUACAUGUUUUUUUUUUUUUUUGGAAGCAAUUGUCAAGUGUUUACCAAAGCUGUACUCACUUUUCAAAGGCCUUUAACUCAUUACCUGCAUAUUAGUUUAUCUAAUGACUUUGCAGUGCUAAUAGGUUUUAAUACCACUUUUUAACUAGGUACAUUGCUUGGCUUAUCUUCUAUGAAAACUGGGCAAUGCAAACCUUAGGUAACUGUUAAAGUAGGUCAAAUAGUACAGACUUUACUUCUGUAUAGUUUUCCUGUCAUGCAUGAUACAAAUCAUACUGGAAAUCAUGGAUAAUUUUUAAAUGCAUUACUGUACUGUAAUAAAUGUGUGUAUGUUUUUUUUCCGUAAUUUACUAAGGGACCUGGCCCAAGUGUUAAAUGCAGUGUUGUUUUCUUUAAAAUUAUUUAUGACAUUGUAUGAACAGUAUUGCCAGUAAUAAAACAUUUGGAAAGAAAA